AUGGAAGAGGCGGCGGCGAGGUCAAGCAAGAAGGCGCGCGGGACCGCAGCUUCUAGCCUGGCGGCGUUCGCGCUCCGCCUGGCCAAGCAUCUUUCUGACGUCGAAGGUGGUGGUGGUGGCCAGAACCUCGUCUUCUCGCCGUUGUCCAUCUAUGCCACGCUAGCCCUGAUGUCGGCUGGGGCACGUGGCACCACCCUGAACGAGGUGCUGGCCGUGCUCGGCUCGGCGUCGCGCGACGAGAUCGCCGAGUUCGUCAGUGCCGUGGUGGAGCGCGCCUUCGCCAACCGCUCAAGUCCGCCAGAGGAGGCAACAAAGAAAAUCAACAGAUGGGUUUCGAAAGCCACAAAGCAUCUCACCACCUCAAUCCUUCCUCAAGGUUCCGUACGCUCUAACACCGCCCUCGUACUCGCCAACGCCAUCUACUUCAAGGGCAGGUGGUCCAUGUCCUUUGCCAAGAAAGACACCGAGACCAGGCCCUUCCAACAGCUUGACGGCAGCUACGUGAACACGCUGUUCAUGCGCGACCGGAACGAUUAG